CACCCCUCCAUCCCCCACCCUCCGCGUGGUAUCUGCACCAAGGACCAGAACCAAAGACAGCGCCACGUUUAUACGUGAGCUGCGUCAGGAAGCUUCUUGGAGAGAUGAGGCGCACUGACAAAAUCUCAGAGCAACACAACAAGCUCGUGAAGAACUGUGUCACCUGUGCGCACAGAAACAUUUUAUUUGUUUUUAUUUCGCAGAAAACUGGCACAUGGAGCCAUAUCUAAAGAUUAUUUCCAUGAUGCGAGUCAUUUGGAUCUGAUCAUGACUUAAACACUCUCGUGGAUAAAAGUUAAGAAAAAAAUGUCUGGAGAAUUUAGCGACACUGCUUAUGAAGGCUCGGCAGGGAUCGUCUAUGCUGCUUCCUUUAACUUGAGCUAUGUUUUCAACACGACCAAUAGCUCGUACGAGGACUACCUCCACCUGUCAGACUCUGAGAAAGCUGACUCUGUGGGAGAUGGAGCCGCUGUUGUCAGGAUUAUCAUCUCGGUCAUUUACUCUCUGGUUUGUGCGCUGGGUCUGGUUGGAAACCUGCUGGUCUUGUACUUAAUGAAGUCUAAACAUGUGUGGAAAAAAUCUUCCAUCAACCUUUUCGUAACUAGUUUGGCGGUGACUGACUUCCAGUUCGUCCUGACUCUGCCCUUCUGGGCUGUGGAAAACGCGCUGGACUUCACUUGGCUUUUCGGCAAAGCGAUGUGCAAGAUAGUGUCCUAUGUGACGGCAAUGAACAUGUACGCCAGCGUUUUUUUCCUGACCGCCAUGAGCGUGGCGAGGUACUGGUCACUCGCGUCUGCCCUGAAAGGCAGGCGGAGGCGGGCUCACUACUGCUCUGCGCGGUCCAUCACCGUUAUUAUCUGGGUUUCCGCCGUCUCGGCCGCUCUGCCGCACGCGGUUUUCUCCACGACGGUGACAGUUUCCAACGAGGACCUGUGCCUCGUCAAAUUCCCGGAAACCAACGGAUCGGCGCAGUUCUGGCUCGCGCUCUAUCACUCUCAAAAAGUGCUGCUCGGCUUCGUGGUGCCUCUGGGCAUCAUCUCAGCCUGCUACCUGCUCCUUUUGCGCUUCAUCACCUCCAAAAACAUCAACACCUCGAGCGCCAAGCGACGCGCCAAAGUCACAAAGUCCGUCACAAUAGUGGUCUUGUCCUUCUUUCUUUGCUGGCUGCCCAACCAGGCGCUCACAGCCUGGGGCAUCCUCGUGAAACUCAACGUGGUUCACUUCAGUUAUGAGUACUACACCAUGCAAGUGUACGUGUUCCCCGUGUCCGUGUGCCUUGCGCACUCCAACAGCUGCCUGAAUCCCAUCCUGUACUGUCUGAUGAGGCGGGAGUUCAGAAAAGCGCUGAAAAAACUCUUCUGGCGGAUGACAUCACCGACUCUGACCACCUUAAGACCGAUCACAGCCACCACAAAGCCGGAGGCGGACGAGCAAGGGCAGGUCUUGGUCCCCGUGUGCGCACCCGAGGAGCCCGCGGUGGUGUUUUAUCCUCCUGGGGAAGUGAUUUACAAUGACAGGCGAGACCUACCCCAGAACAGCGCUUAAUCGAGGGCACGUUUUAAAUCCUCUGUGAUGUUGUAUUCAUACACAUUUACAUCAAUCAGGUCAGUUUUGUUUGCCUCACAGCUGUCCAAGUUGGAGGAGGGAAAACGUCAAACAGAAGCGCUUAUGACUCAUGUUUGUCCACAGAAAUGCUACUUUGGCCUCACCCUGGUUGAGAUUUUAAAAAGCCAACUUACUGGCGUUCCUACCUAUGAGAAAAGACGCAUAUUUUAAUAAGGUGUCAAAACAUAUAUUAAAUGUGCAGGUAAAGUGCAUCUACAAAAUGUGAGACAUUUGCUCAUCUUCGCUCUGUCCUUAUCUUGAAUGACAUUUAGUUGUUAAAUGCCACUAUAAUGUUACAGAGAAUAUGUUUCACAGACCUGUGCUGAUUGUGUGUGUGUGUGUGUUGGGGGGGGGGCAUAGUUGCAUAGACUGAUGUUUUGAACUGUGGGAGGAAAAGUUUGAUUGAUACAUAUGGAGAAGGGGUGUUAUAAUUAGGUAUGACGGACACUACAUACAUUUGUUGCUAUUGCAGAAUUUACUGAAUUUUUAAAACAAAUUAAAUGUUUUUUUAUGUUUGUUUUUUGCAAUUAGACGAAUUUAGAAAAUCGUGUUUUUAAAAGUGUUUUCAUUUCAAGCUCCAUUUUUUGCCAAUCAAAAUACAAACGUACACCUUUACGUGCCAAAAUUAGAGUGGCCACAACCAAUCACAGAAUGAGUAAUAAUUCCUUUAAAAACACCACCCCACUCAAUCCCGACACUCGUGAGUGCAACAGAUGGGAGCACAUAAUCAGCACUCAUUUACUCACAUCCAUUCGCUGAGAGGACAGCGAUGACUUUUAAUAAACAGAGAGCAAAGUUCUCAGUAAAUAAAUCGAAUUUAAAAGCAGUCAAAAAUGGCAUUUCACUGACAGCUUCGCUCUCCUCCCUCUCCUCCCUUUCGCACGUGUUAAUGCAGUGUGAGCAGAAUAGAACCCUCCCUGAAAAGCUAUUCAUGUGUCCACAUUGAACCAAAAAUGAAAAAUAAAAAUAGGGUCAAUUAAGUGCUUAAGACCAUCCUGUUUUAAAGACUCUCGUUUGGUUAAUAUGCCUCCAGAGCCUUCAGUCCAUCGUCUGUUCAAGCUGUGAGCCCAUGAGAAAAACAGUGACAGAAAAAGAAACAAGAAAAAAACCCUACAUACUAACAGGUGUCUUGCAAACCCACUCAAGUAACCAACAUUAUGGGAUAAAGAGAAUAUAUGUACACAUGGCACCAGGCUAAUCUAAUUACAAGUGAAUGCCAAACAGCUUCAGGACCUUGGUUUUAAAUUAGCACACCAGAGAAAUGAUUCAUGUGGGUGUUCAAUCUGAAAACCACAGUGCACUCACACAUAUCAUGGGACACAUGGAAAGUAAGUAAAAUCCCCUUUGAUGGAAGUAAUAAAAAAAUGACUUGAAUCAAAAUCAUGAUUAGAAAUUUAAAUGUAAUAUUCACUGCUCAGAAGGCGAUCUGAUAUCUCCCCCUCACGUGGGCCGGGAUGUAAAGGACAUUGAUGCAAAUAUGAUUAGAUAAUCUACAAAGGCUUCUUGUUGUGAACGAUAGUUAUCUUAUUCACUCAAUUGGCUAUAAAUAUGCAACACCAAUUUAAAAACUUGGGACACUGUGCAAAAUGUAAAUAACAGCAGAAUGCAGUAAUUUGCAGAGCCAUAUUUUAUUCGCAGUAGAACGCAGAAGACAUAAUAAAUUGAGGAAAUGUAUACUUCGGGAAAAAUAUGAACUCCUUUCAAACUCGCUUGCAUCAAACACAUGUGUAAAAAGUUGCCACUGUGUGGCAUCCUCUCUUCUUUUCACAACAGUCUAUAAACAGCUGGGAACUGAGGAGAGUAGUUGCUCGGCUUUUGGGAGAGGGAUGUUGCUCCAUUCCUGCCUGAUAUAUAGGAUUCCAGCUGCUCAACGUUCCUGGCUCUUCUUUAUCAUAUUUUCCAUUUCAUGUUGCAUUAAAUGUUCUCAACUGGUGAAAGGUCUGACUGCAGACAGGUCGGUUCAGUGUCCGGACUCUUCUACUAUGAACCAAUUCUGUUGUAAUAGAUGCAGCAUGUGGUUUUACACUGUCUGGCUGAAAUACAUGAGAACCUCCCUGAAAUAGAUGUCACCUGGCUGGAACUGCUGCUCUAAAAGCUUUCAUCACUGACGGUGUCUUUUCAGAUCCGCCAAUUUCAUAGGUACUAAUGCACCUCCAUUCCAUCAGAGAUGCAGACUUUUUAAAUGAGCACUGAUAUGAGCACUGAACAGUUUUCCACUUUGCCUCAGUCUAAUUCAAAUCAACUUUUCUGAUUUUUUGAAUCUUUUUGAUGAUAUUAUAGACCAGGAAUGUCAAACUCAUUUUACAUCCAAGGCCACAUACCACCAGACUAGUGAAACCAGUAAAUCUUAGUAUAAGAAAAAGAAGUGCAAUUUCACCAGUAUGUCAGCACGGCAGUUUUCCAAAGAUGUCCAGAGGGCUGAAUUGCAGUUUUUGUCCAGCUAAUUCUGACCCCCAGGUCUUGUAUUUGACAUCCCUGCAGAUGAUGAGAUAUUCAAAAUGUCGGGUUGAUGAAUUGUCCCAUAAUUUAUAGGUACAGUUUUUUGCAGGUUUGGUGAAUCUGUGCUCAUGUUUAUUUCUAAAGGGAACUCUUCCUAAGGCGCUCAUUUUAUACCGACUCAGGUUACUGACCUGUUGCGAAUGAACCUAAUUAGUUUAUUAUGUUUCUCCAACCGUUUCUUUUUAGCACCAAAUGUUUUUCAAGCAUUUUAUUUUUAUUGCCCAGCUUUUUUGAGACAUGCUGUUGCCAUCAAAUCCCAAGAUGAACUAAUAUUUCACUUGAAUGUUUUCUCAGUUCAAACACUUGACAUGUUUUCUAUGUUCUAUUGUGAAUAAAAUCUGGAUUUAUGGGAUUUGCUGAUCCUUUUUUAUUUACAUUCUACACAGCGCCCCAACUUUUUUGGAAUUACCUAAAAUCUGUGAAAUACUGGUGUUUGUGGCGGUUUCAGAUGUAGCAACUUUCCAGUUAUUAUAUAUACAUAUAUGCAGUGGGUAAAAUAAGUAUUGAACACGUCACCAAUUUGCCAAGUAAAUAUAUUUCUAAAGGUACUAGUGACAUGAAAUCCUUCCCAGAUGUCGGUAACAACCGAUCCAACCCACACAUGCAAUGAAAUUAAACCAUAGAUGUUGAUAAAUUAAGUUUGAUGUUUGAUAAUGAGAAAUGACACAGAGAAAAAGUACUGAGCAAGCUUAAUGAAAUGUAUUUAAUACUUUGUAGAUGACAACUUUAUUUUCUUUCUCUGAAACCAUUUGAGAGUUUCCUUGGCUGUGUGUUUGGGAUUAUUGUCUUGAAACGGUGAGACGUCCACCCUCAUUUCAUUAGAUUUUUAUCAAGAAUGUCUCAGUGCGUUUUCUGUUCAUCCGUCCUUCAAUUAGAUGAAGCGUUCCAGUGCCAUAUGCUGAAAAACAGCCCCAUACCGUGAUGUUCCCACCUCCAAACUACACUAUUUGUAUGGUGUUUUGGGGGUGAUUUGCAGUGCCUCUUGACAUGGUGUAUUAUGGCAUCCAAAGAGUUCAAUUUUAGUGACAUUUAUAGUUUGAUUUCUUUGCAUGUUUGGAUCGGAUGAGUGGACAUCUGGUGAAAAUUUCAUGUCAGCAGCACCUCUGGAAAUAUGUUUACUGCAAAUGGGCAAACAUGCUGGUCAAAUUGCAUUCUCUUAAGUUUGGAUUUUCUAUUUUAUUUAUUAUGUAAUUGGUGAAUCACAAUAUAAAAGGGUAUUUGUCUCUACCCUUCUUGGGUGUGCACUAAAUAAAUAAUAAAAACAAUAACAUGAACAAGAGUUGGUUUGAUUCAAAAUGCUGUUACUUCUUUAUUUGAUCAUUUUAGACAUUUGUGUGAUAUUUUGUCAUAAUGUCCAUAUUUGUUGUUAAAAUUUCCACUGUGUUUUGUGUGGGAGUCACCUUGAUAACUAAAAUCUAAUCAGUUCCUCCUUGAGUCAAACAAAUUGUCUGUUAGAUUCGAAGCAAUCACCUGAGAGCCUUUGAGAAAUAUUUUAUUGGACAAUAAAUUCAAAAUAUGUCAAAAUUUGACAUGAUUUCUAAUGAUGCAGCUGCAAAUUUAACACUCCUUGCAACACGAGUAGAUGAAAAAACAGCAGCCCGUAAAUGAAUAGUUUGUCAUGAAACUUGUUAACACUCUCUUUCACAAUGGUACAACACUGAAAGGGCUAAAGUCACCAGUUGUUCAGCUUAGCUGAACACAAAUACUAGAAAAAAGGGAUAAAGACAGGCUCUCUAAUUAAAAUCAACUAUGGUGAAUCACAGGUAUUUGUAGGUAGAUUAAAAAAAUUAAAUAGGUGUUAUUGGGUAGUAUUACUGGGUAGUAUUGUUUGCUAACUGCAAAUCAUCUGUAAGUCCCAGAUCUAUUGUAAGUCAUUGGUGAUUGAUCAACUAACAUGUUUUCAGGCACAAAUUAUUGUAAUUUAUGUGUGCUGAUAAUAUAAAGCCUUGAUUGUUAACGUUUUAACCUUUUGCUGCUGUAUCUUUGCUAGCGUAUGCUAACGUAGAUAGCGUAUGCUAACUUCCAGGAACGAGGCUCCAAGAUCCGUCAUUGCCGUAAAAAACUCUAGUGAUAGCAUUUACAACCAUGUCAUGCAUCAGUCUGCAGGAUCCUCUGCUCUUACUGGCAACGCUUUAUACUGUCCAUCAGUACACCCACAAAACUCCUAUACACUAAGUUGAUUUCGUCUCUCUGAUAAAAAAAGUCUUAAUCCCUGAUCCUAUGAGUCGAUAAUACAGGGUUCUGGAGCUGAUGUGGGUGAGCCUGACUUGACGUCCAGGUGUCUUACCCUUAUACGAAAAAGCCAGAGUAGCCUUGCAGGUCAAAUCUUAUUAGUCACGCCUGUUAAUGCAGCUCCCCUCUAGAUCGUGGCACUUGUUAAUCUGGGUUGGUUUUACAGGCCUGUACAAUAGGCCCCAAUGGAGGAUAUUACUUGGAAAGGCUAGACCAACUGAUUAGAGCUUUUUGGACUAAUAUAGAUUAAUACUGAAUGGAAUGAAAUGAAUGAUAUUAUGGCUCAGACGUGGCAGAGCAGAGAUGAGUGUAGUUAUAGCAUACAAAGAGCUGAAGUGAAACAGAAUUUUAAAAGUAAUGAAGUUAUCCACUGCAACUACUGUCUGUACUUCUCAUGCUGUGCUGUUGAUCUUUUCUAUCUUAUCGAUCUAUUCCUGUCCAAUUCCUUCACAGUUGGUCCCUUCGCUAUUCCGGCCCAUUUGUCAACCAGUCAUGCCAGUGCACAGAUCAUUCAGUAAUGUGCAUUUCAGCUGAGUGAAAACCCCUCUUGGUUUGGUGUCUUCAUGUUAACUGUAGAACCCUUUGCAGAUGGGUGGUGAAAUGUCUCCAAGAAGCUAAAAGAAAUCCAGAUGCCUGCAAGCACUUUAGACUACUGCUGUGAAACUUUGUUGCUUGAUGAACUAAUAGUAUCAACAGCUACAUGAAAUUGUUUAUGUGCAUGUAGUGUGCCAAAUAUCUGGCCUGCAGCACCACGACACAAGAGCUGAAGAAGAUAUCAGUUGCUGUUUUAGCCAAAAGAGACCAUUUUUAG